UAGAAGAAUCGAUCAACAUGGCCCACCCCGUCCUGAUGCUCGGCCUGAUAGCGAUCCUGGCGACACCAGCAUCCCUUCAACAGAUGCACCAACCUACUUUCAUUCCCAUGCCUGUUUCUGUAAAUCCUAACGAUUUGCCUGUAUUGCUCUCAAGACAUAAAAGAGACUUUGGGAUCACGGCAGCCAUUAUUGCCGCUGUAGCAGCCCCCGCAGCUCCAGCAACUGCAGCGGCUGUAGCUCUCACCACGUCUGUACAGACUGCCUCCACUCUUAAUAACCUAACUACCGGAGUUGCAGAAGCCCUCGCCACACAAGAACUAAUUAAUGGCCACCUUCAAGCCGGUAUUAUGAUCGUCAAUCAGCAAGUAGAUCUAAUCCAGGAACAAGUGGACAUUCUGCAGAAACUAUUGACGACCGGAUGCAUCCAAUCACUUUCUGGACUUUGCAUAACCUCCGUGGCCUAUAAUGACCUUUCUAUUGCCACUAAUCUGUCGAAAGAGUUAAGCAGACACCUAAAUGGGACAUGGUCCAAUCAAUAUUAUAAUUUGACAAGAUUGUUAAGACAAGAAAUAUUCACUAUUAAUGCAACUAAGAUUGACAUAGCUCCAUUACGGGAUUAG